CGUUCGGCAUCUAAGGACAAUAUGAUGCAAAAUAUUCGAGAAUCGUCCCAUCAGGACCGCCGUGUCUACGUGGGCAAUUUGAGCUAUGAUGUGAAAUGGCAUCACCUCAAAGAUUUCAUGAGACAAGCUGGCGAAGUCUUGUUCGCAGAUGUAUUGAUGUUGCCGAAUGGAAUGUCAAAGGGCUGUGGCAUCGUAGAGUAUGCAACGCGGGAGCAGGCUCAGAACGCCCUGUCGACGCUCAGUAACCAAAACCUUAUGGGCCGUCUGGUUUACGUUCGCGAACAUCGAGAGGACGAGCCUCGUUCCAGCAACCGCGAUGGCGCUUCGGCCACCCCAGCAAAAGUUCGUUCAGCAUCUAAGGACAAUAUGAUGCAAAAUAUUCAAGAAUCGUCCCAUCAGGACCGCCGUGUCUACGUGGGCAACUUGAGCUAUAAUGUGAAAUGGCAUCACCUCAAAGAUUUCAUGAGACAAGCUGGCGAAGUCUUGUUCGCAGAUGUAUUAAUGUUGCCGAAUGGAAUGCCAAAGGGCUGUGGCAUCGUAGAGUAUGCAACGCGGGAGCAGGCUCAGAACGCCCUGUCGACGCUCAGUAACCAAAACCUUAUGGGCCGUCUGGUUUACGUUCGCGAAUAUCGA